AUGAAACCAACCCCCUUCCUCCUCGCGCUGGCCGGCGCCGCUCUAGGCGCAAAAACAUGCACGCCGAGUUUCGAUUACUGCGCUACUACGCUCAUUGCUGAUAAGGGCUUCACCGAGGCGGACCUCGAGGCUGUCCUCAAGGCGGAGGGUCUGGAGACUGCGGACGUGAAGAAUGUGCUUUUCCACUGCAAGAAUCCGGGGGAUGUGGGGCAUGCAAAGCUGUGUCCUAAUGGGUGUACGGACCCGGCGACGGAGGGGAGUCAUGGUUGUUAG